AUGGUAUCGUUUUUGAAGACCUCCAUGUGCGCUGUCCCACCUAAGCCCACAGGAAAAAGAAGUCGACGCGUGCCAAUCUCGAAAAGGUUUACAAGAAAAUCGCUGAAACUGAGCCCCAAAGAUUCUGUUUGCUGCUUAUGCAUCCAUGCAGGGGUUUCUCAUCUGCAGCAGUUGCGUGCCAUGUCGAAUCUUAUAGUAACAUUUCAAACAGUGUGUCUAGCCCGCGGUCCUGGAUCAGUGGCUGCUGUCGAAAACGAAUAUGAUUCCUGA